AUGGCUUAUAAGAUGGCAAUCAUUCCACAUCUUGACGAGCUCACCCCUGAAGGCGAAGCAAUUGGGGCCAUCAACACUAUGUUCCUCAAGGCGAAUCCAGAUGGGAGCAGGAGAUUCUGUGGGACAAAUACGGAUUAUGUCGGCGUCCGUAAAGGGUUUUCCGCAAAUGUGCCAGAUCUCGCAAUAUAUAGAGGAAGGCCUGGCCUUGUGAUUGGUGGAGGCGGAACAAGCAGAACUGCUAUAUAUGCUUUUCAGCAUUUUCUAGAAUGCCCACCCAUCUACAUGGUCAAUCGGGAUAAAAGCGAAGUCGACGCAGUAAAUUGGAAUGCUGAGCACAACUGA